ACUGCCAUUCUAUGACAAAUGCUAUUGAUAUCAUCUAGUAUAAUUUCUCAAAUAUCAAAUUGAUGAGAUACCCAGAGCUUCAUUCGGUUCCUAGAUCAACUGGUCCAUGAUAAAACAGCCUCCUAUUUGUUUCUGUGGGCCUGUAGGCCCAUUGUUUAACACACUAGCAUUGCGUACAUUAGCAGCGCAACUUAGCAACAUCACGUCAUAGCCCCCGCCCCCUCCCCCCCCUUAAAAAAGAAAAAAGAAAAAAGAAAAAAGAAAAACCGCCAAAGCUCACACUUUCUAAUCACUCAAUCAAUUGCUUCAUGCAGAGACACGAUUCAAUUCUCCGAUUACAGUCGGCCAGUUAUCUCAUUAAAUUCUUUCCUUUACUUUAUAACACUUCCCUAUUUUUCAAUACCAACUCAUAAACCCUAAAUAAGAGUAAUUGAGGUUUUUUAAGUCUCUUUAAAAAUGGAGAAUAUGCAGUACGCAGAGGAAUUGGUGAGGGAAUUUCUAGUAUUUAGAGGCUUUACAAACACUCUACAAGCUUUCGACAUUGAAUUAUCAACAGAUAUUGGUAAAGGGUUUCAAGUUGAUAAAUUGUUAGACUUGAUCUUCUCUAAUUACAUUCCCAAAUUACAAGCAGAUAAACUGGUCUCUCUUCUUUAUUUCUUUAAGCAAUGUUUUUCUUCUUCAUUAUCUGAGACUGCACUUGUUUCUACUUUGUCCAAAUUGGAAGUUUCUCUUCUCCGUUAUUACAUUGUUUAUGCAAUCCAAUCAGGAAGGAAAGACAAAGUUGUUGAAUUUUUUGGAAUUAAUGGUAAUGAUUUGCUUCAAAAGAAUGCUGAUUGGACUCCUUGGUUUGCUAUUCCUUAUUUGAAAAACCCUAGCUUGGAUCCUCAGUUUCGUGUUUAUUUCUCGAAAGAGUGGUGUGAAGCAUUGCGCCUUUCUGUUAUGAAUUUUCUCAGUGAGAUCUUCAAUGGUACUCGCAUCCCUGCCCUGUUGAAGAUCAGUUCAGAAAAGAACACAAUUAACCAUCUUAAGAAGGAUAUCAAGCAACUUAAUGUAAAGUUAUCACAGCUUCAAGCUUUAUUAGAGGAUAAAGAGGCUCAGUUAUGCCGAUUAAGGAGUAAUGCUAGAAAUGCUGCAUUGAUAUCGGAUACCCAUGUGGGACAAGCCAGCAAUUCGAUUCCAUCAAGUGCUGUGCUUGAAGAAAAUCUUAUUAGGCCUGUGGAAGCACAAGUUUCUACUACCCAAAACAUGGGUGCAGUAGAUCGAGCUGAUGAAAGGGCUGUUGGUCUACCUGCCAAAGAUUUAUCACUGUCUGGCGCAUCUAAGGAUGCGAGAGACUCAAGUUCUAUAGCAAGAAUAGACAGGGAAGAUGGUAAAACUAGUGGUACCAUUCAAACGGUCCAUGGUGGCCCUUUUAGUGAUAAUGGCACGGAAACACUGGGUGAAGAAGAAUUCCCUGAAGUGAAGGUAGACUUCCAGGAGACAUUUUUAGGUCACACAAGUCCGAUAAGUCGAUGCCGGUUUUCUGCAUCUGGGAACAAUAUAGCUAGCGCUUCUGUUGAUGGAACAGUCAGGAUAUGGACAUAUGACUCAUCAACUCCAACAUCGAGAAAUGCAACCAUAUAUUGUGGGGCAGAGAUUAUGUCUCUUGAUUGGGAGUGUAAAUCUGAUCGGUUGCUUCUCAUAGGCACUGCUGAUGGUGGUAUCAAAGCGUGGAAUGUUGAUGCAAAACGAGUUGUAUGUGAUCUCAAUACAAGUGAGGCUUUCCCAAGUGUGUUAGAUCUAAAGUGCAGCCCUGUAGAACCAGUUUUUGUUUCUGCAGCAGCAUCCAGAAGGCAUGGCUCAAGCUACCUUGACAGUUUGAGAUAUGCUUCCUUAACUGUAUGGAACAUGAAGACCUGGAGAGCUAUAACAGUUCUUCCUCUUGGUGAAGAUCCACCUGCAAUAACUUCCUUGUGCUUCAAUCACAAUGGGAAGAUCUUAGCAGCUGCCGCUACUGAUGGAAUGAUCCACAUGUUUGACAUGUCUGCCGGUCUACAAAUCACUGGGUGGCCUGCACAUGAUUCUGCUAUAAAUUCUAUUCUUUUUGGGCCAGAUGAGACUAGCAUUUUCAGCUUGGGUUCAGAUGGGAAGAUUUUUGAAUGGAGCUUGCAGAACCAAGGUCAUGUCCUUUGGUCAAGGAGCUGUAGCAGGUUUUGUGACCCUGAGACCUCAAAACAUUGUAGACAUGAAAUGGCUAUGGAUGCAAAUGGGAGGAGGUUAUUGGUAACAUCUGCUGCAGUAAGAGCACCCAUUUAUCAGGUCCGAGGAUAUACAAAUGGUUUGAGAACUCUUCCGCACAGUGCAGCUGUAACAACUGUGGAUUGGCACCCAACUUUACCCAUUUUCUUGACUGGCUCUGCUGAUAACUCAGUUCGAGUAUCAUCAUUGUCAUGACAAUGCCUGCUUUAAUGAGUUUUUCUUUUCCUUUCCUUUCCUUUUUGGUUGACAAUUUUUUGGUUAGUUAGGGUUCUAGAGUUAAAAUGGAAGGUGUGAAAAUUCUUUUGAAUAUAAACAUGGGUGUUGAAGCAGAAUAUAGUUCGAGGGAGUCGAGGGUGGGUUCAUAUGUUGUAAUUUAAAUCAAAUGUUUGUAUUUGAACAAUCAUGUUAUAGCAGUCAGUUACAUUA